AUGCGCUGCAACACCCUCCUCGCACUCGCUGGCUAUACCAGUCUAGCAUACGCAUCCACACAUUCGACACCAGUCAGCUUCAAGAACUGCCCAGCUAAUGCCGUUGCAACCCUCGGAGACCUGGCGUCGGACGCAUUGAAAAUCACAGGUGUGGUCAAGUCGAUGCUCAAGGUCAUCGAGAAUGAUGCCACUCCUCCUGCGGCAGUCGUCCCUGGCUCUCUGGCUGCGAAUGUCCGAGAGCUGGUUGUGCGAUGGUUCGGCGAAGCAGCGCUGCCAGAACAUGAUGUUGGAGAGAAUGACUUGCGUGGGUUCUCGUAUUUUCAGGGCAUGUACACCCGCAUGUACAUCUCCCUCUGA